AUCAAUCUUCAAUGAAUUGGAUUAUUGAUUUUGAAUGUUUGAAAAAUUUAUUUAAUAAUAAAACCAAAUUAAUAAUAUUUAGUAAUCCAAAUUACUUAUUGGGAAAAGUGUAUACCAAAAAUGAAUUAGAAUUUAUUACAAAUUUAUGUAAAAAAUGGAAUGUUCUAUGCGUAGUUGAUGAAUGCUUAGAUUCAACGGUAGUUCAUAAUAAACAUAUUCGCAUGGCAACGCUUUCUGAGACGUGGAAUAGAACAUUAACAAUAGGAGGCAGUGGAGUUACUUAUGGACGUACAGGUUGGAAAGUUGCAUGGGUGUAUGGUCCUGAAAAAUUAGUUAAUAGGAUAAAAGUUGUUCAUCAACUGUCAUUUAGUUCUUUUACACCAGUUCAGGAAACUUUAGCCAGAACUAUUGAAAAAUAUGGAUUUGAAUAUUUUCAAAGUAAUUACGCUGACAAUCGUGAUUUAUUGUUAAAGUAUUUAAAAAAAUGUGGUUUUCGAAAUAUCAUCAAUCCAGAAGGUGGAUAUUAUAUUGUAGUGGAAAUUAAUUUCAAACAAAAUCAUCAAGACGUAUCCAACGAUUAUGCCACGGAAUGUUUAACAUCACCGUAUGGAAUACUCGGAGUGCCAAUAAUAAACUAUGGAAAUGAAAACAAAUCCAUUUUCUUUUGUUUUUCAUUUGCACAAAAACUUGAAACAAUCCAAUUAGCAGGAAGCCGACUUCAAUCACAAAUACCAACGAAGUUUUGAAAAGUUUGCGAUUAUUUGUUGAUUAAAAUAUAUUACAAUUAUUGGAAGAUUUACUAUUGGCUGGUGGCAGAAAAGGGUACUAUUUUGAAACAACUAUAAUGAUAAUUUUGAGAUAACUUUGACGGAAUAUUAUCAGUUUUAGUCCGCAUGGCAACACUCUUUUUGUUAAAUGAUCAUUACACAAUUGAAACUUCGUGAGUGGCUUUCUUUUGACGAUUCUAACAAACUUUCUCUCUAAAAAAUGAAAAAAUGCAACAGGGAAUUUGUCGCACACUAUGAUCACUUAGUAACAUUAAUUCGAGGUGGUAGGCAAGUUCUUCGGAGCAGAAUUUUUUUCGGACAAAAUAUUAUUAUUUUUUUUUAUAAUUAUGAAUGAUAUAAAGUGGCCAUAGUGUCCGGCAAAAAUACCCUGUUGCGUUUUGUCAGACCGAUAGCUUAAAUAUGACGUUAUCAUCCUCAUUUAAAAAAAGUCGUAGAGAGAAAGCUUGGUUGAUUCGUCAAAAGGAAGCCACUCACAAAAUUUCAAGUAUUAAUCCCUCAUUAAUUUCAUUCGCCCCCAUGGAGACACUUAACAAAUAAUAAAACU